AUGGGAGCCUUGAUCUCCGCCCCGCUUUCUGGUGCCGGCACCUGUCUUGGCGGCUGCUUUGGCAGCUGCCUUGCGACUGGCUGUUGCAAGUUGGCGGGCAGUGGUACAGUCAAUUCUGUCAGGGCAUCGAGAUUUGUGUUGAUUUGGCUGCAGAUCUUCACUGCAGCUUUGGCUUUCUUGCUCUCCGAGACCGCUGAGAGAUGGCUUCCGUGGACUUGCUCGAAGCUUGACCUGGUCGGUCUAGGUGAUCUCGGUGUGUGCGAGUGCCGGACUGCCGAAGGGCAGUGCUGGUCCGACCAGCUGAUCUACAGGACCGAGGCCUCCGGGACGGUGGUCUUUCUUGGCCUGCUAUUGAUGUCCGUCAGUGGAUGCGCGGAGGGGGCCGCAAGGGCCUACUCCGUCGCCAAGUUCAUGGCAGUGGCUUGCAUCAUCUUUAUCACACUCUUCCUGCCAAAUCAAGUCUGGGUUGGUUUUGGAAGUGCUGCGACAGCACUGUCUGCCAUCUUCCUGGUGGCGCAGUCUAUUUUGCUGAUCGAUUUCGGCUACACUUGGAAUGAGACCUGGUAUGCCAAUGCCCUCGAGGCGAGACGACGAGAGAUUGGCGCCAAAGGCUACAGGCUUUGGGUUGGGGCCAUGUUGCUCUCGUCAGCAGCCUUGGUUCUAGGUGCGAUCAUUGGUUCAAUUUACCUGUUCUGCACGUUCAAGGAUGCUAGCAGCAGGGCCGUCAAUGCAUCUGCUAUGAUCUUGUCCAUGUCGCUGGCUGUGGUCAGCAUUACCGAUUGGUGUGAACAUGGUGCCCUGCUUACUUCGGCUGUCAUCAUGGCGUACACUGUGUGGCUUCUGUGCGAGUCUCUCGCUGUUCUGCCAACUGGAUCUCCACUGCAGCUGCCGUCCUGGGCUGGCCUUGUGCUCUGCGCCUUUUCUCUGCUGUCAACCACCGCGGGCAUGGGCGGCUGGGGAUCAAGCACGGAGGACACGGCUGGGCAGCAAGCCGAGACGCGCCCACGUAGCUUGAUUGAAGCGGAGGCAGGUAGCGAGGCUACGCCAGCAGAGGCUGAAGGAACGACCAUGACCGCAUCAGAGGCGCGGGUCUUCGGUGCUGACUGUGCCGUUCAUGCAGCUGCUGCGCUCUACGACAAGCGGGACAACGUACGCUUUGCGGGUGACGGCGAUCUUCUUGUCCUUGGGCUUGUACGGCUGGUCUUUGGUUGCUCCCAAGGUUUUGACUGGCAGGAGAUUCAGCUGAUGUCUGGCGCAGAACCUUCAAGUCAAAUGAAGCUCUGUGCAGUCUUGUGCUGCUUGGCGAUUGCAUUUGCUGCAAAGACGCAGCCCUCGCAGGUGCAGGCUUUGGUGGGCCGCUUGCAACCGAAGGAACUUAGCGAAGAGGAAGUCGUCGAGGGAGCUCUUGCCGAGAACACCUCCCAUCGCGAGAAGAAGCAGGACAAGAAGCAGACGGAGGAGAAGGAGAAGGAGAAGGAGAAGGAGAAGGAGAAGGAGAAAGAGGAGAAGACGGACAAGAAGGAUGAGACCAAGAAAAAGAGCGGCCCGGUGCUUUCACCUCCAAGGAUGCCUGCACCGGGCCCUGGAUCGGUUGCAGCUGCACCUGCGGCCGCGCCUGCCGCAGCACCUGCAGCCGCACCAUCCACUGCUUCAAUGGAUUCCCAAAAGAUUCAACAAGCAAAAUGGUUUUCCUGGUGGCCGUGGUGGUUAUCGCCCAGCCAGAUCUGGGGAGCUUUUUUCGGCAAAGCUCCACAGCACGCUCCUGCGACGCUUGCGCAGAUCAAGGGUUUGGAUGCGUCCAUUUUUGCGCCGGCGCCGUUCCGAAAAGAGUCCACGGAAGAUCCGACCUUCGCACCGGCUCCACCACUGAAGCAGACGUUGCUGAUGGAACGGUCAAAGAUCUCGCGCAAGGUCGACGGCAAGGGAGAGGUCGAGGUUAGCUGGUGGUGGUGGUGGUGGCCGUUCCAGUCAGAGGAGCAAACUCCUCAGAAGGAAUCUGUGAUGGAGGAGUUGCGGGCUGGUCAGGGAGUCCAUGCACGAGAGAUACCGUGUUUGUCGGCUAAGAAGUGGCACCAAAGAAGUGAAGCCCCGUCGGCCGCCCAGGCCGAGAAAGCUGAUAGUGCUGGCCCAUGCCCGUGCAAACUAUCGAUGCAAACUCGGUGCGCAUGCAUGGGCCAGAAAUCUGUGGCCAAGCUCGAGGCCGCCUCGAAGUACGUGGAGGAGUACGUCGGCAUCGUCGAGGAGGUUGAGCUUGCAGCCAAGGAGCUGGCAGAUGACCUGCCCACAGCUUUUUCUGGAGUCGAUGGGAACUCGGCAGCACACUGGCGAAGCCAAAGACCAAUCCUUACAGGCAGCUUAAACCCUACCAUGAUGCGCUCAUGGAGUGAUACGAAGCUGCUAAACACGAGAAGGAGCAACAUUGGCAACCACAUCGGCGCCGCUUUGCCUGGCUAUACGGGUCAUGUUCCGAGUGUUCGUUUGGAGGGCGAGGCCAUCGCUUCAACUUUUGGUCGUUCCCUGAGAAUUGCGCAAGGCGUGCGCAGCCAGAAGACUUGUGACAUUCAGGCGAUGCGCUUGCAGCGCGAAGAGCAAGACCGACGGACCAGGACUAUAGUUCCACCGACAAGGGCUCCGGAGUAUGACAAGCGCGGCAUCAGCUACCCACCAGCUGGCGACACACUUCAUUCUCGAAUCCCAGAUUCCAACGAGGAGAAGUAUCACUACCAUUCUGGCAUGGGACUGACGUCUCUUGCUUACGACGGCCUCGGCGGCGCUGGGAAGCUCCGAGGCCAUGGAGCUGCUGCUCGAGCCAUUCCUGGAUACCAGGGCUUCAUCCCUGGCAAGGUUACGGAAAAUGCUUUCGCGGAGACUUGGUCCAAAACGCAGGAGACGUCCCUGGCAUCUCACUUCGCAGCACGAGCAUCUGCUCCGAAGACGUGGACGCUCAUGACGGAGGGCAGGACGACGCUAGCUCCUGUUGCAUCGGACACCAUCGCCGAGAUGCCGAUCCGGAAUCCUUCCUACCAGGACCAUGCCAAAGGAUGGUCCGAGUGCAAGGUCACGGGCAAAGAUGUCCUGCCAGCCGGUACAGACGCGCCGUUUGGCCGACACGAGGCCUUUGGCAUGAAGGUGCCAGACGUUUCACAGGUUCUCCACCACGGAGUAGCGCCAAUUCAUGGCUACAAGGGCUACAUUCCUGGGCGUAUCAGCGAAAACGUGAUUGGCGAGCGGCAGGGCAAGUCCAUCGCAUUGGCAGACCAUCUACAUCGUAAAGCGCGACUUCGGAUCACCCAGCGCUGA